AUGUCUUCCUUCACCAACUCCAAGAAGGCCGAUGCGCAACCCAGCCUCUCAACCUCCACCAGCAACGAUGCCGCCGACGGCGAGAACAAGACCGCCGCCGCGCAGUCCGCCAACGAGCGGCCUUCCUACCAUACGGAGAACAUCGGCAGCACUCCUUCCUCUCGGCGCGCGCCUGAAGACGUGGCGAACCGCAACCAAAACGCCAGUGGAAGCUCUCCUCCACGCCGCGUCGCCUGGACAGCAGUCCGGACUCACCCCUCUGGAGAAGCGAGCUUCACGAAGUACCUCGACGACGGUGCUUUCGUUGCUUCUGGCAGCCGUCCAACUCCGCCACCUGCGCCAGAGCCGUUCAAGGCUGCGGAGUUCCCGACUCAGCGGGACGAAGAGUUGAUGGAGAAGGGCGAAAAGCUGGAACUUCAUGACGGCAAGGGCCAUGGGGAUGUGGUGGACGAGGUGGUGUACAAGGGCCGAGGAAAGGCAGGUGGCAAGGAGGUGGGCGGAGUGGGAUCGAAGGGUGACAAGGUGGGCGAGAAGAAGCAGGAGACUGUUGCCGGCAAGAAGAAAUUUGGCAGCUUCAAUGCCAUGCUCUACGGACCUCCAGCUGUCGAUGGGAAUAAUGAGAAAAAGUAG